AUGCCGUUGGUCGGACACCCUUCGCCGGCUCAGUUUGCGCCCUCUGCGGCGCCGCAACGCGUCGUUGGUGGCGUCCCUGUGUCUACGCCUUCACCGAGUGCGUCGACGGUGACGUCGUUGAGAGGUAGAGAGAGAUAUUGUAGCGGUGGAGCGUGGGUUGGCCCAGCGCCGGGUUGGCCGAAGCCGCCGGCUUCGGCUACGAUUGAAAACACCGACGUCUCUCGAGUGAGACAGAAUAAUUUAUCAAUCGUGAACACGCUGCGAGAAAAGUAUCAGCUCGCCAUGCAAGGCGCACCGCCGAUGAAAUUGAAGGAACUCGAAGGGAUAUCGAACAAAAUCGGUGGGUUGUUCGUCUUCUUGAACAACACAGGAGCUGCGGCGGGCGCGGACGACGAGAACACCAUCACGGAGCCCGUCGUGGAGGCGCUGGUGACACUCUCUGACUGUUUAGCGUCCGGAAACACACCCGCGGUGAACUCAAUCUUGCUGCAUCUCUCGCAGAAGCACUGGGAAGAAGUUUCCUAUUGGUUCCCGGCGCUCAAGAGACUCGCCAGGUUCGCCGCGGGCGGUUGA